UCACCUGUGCAGAAUCGUAUCUUGACCUAAAAAAAAAGAGGAAUCCCUUGUACAGACUAACGUUAGAACUCAGAAGGCAAAAGCGAACACCCCGGUAAUUCAGUCUCUGCGUGCAAUUCUCUCCCAUGGCUUUGCCUGGUGAGGUUGGGUUGCAACUGCUCCUCUCCCCUCUUGGUUCUAAAAUUGUUGUUCGGACUGCAUGCUGUUCUGCUGGGCUUGUGCUUCCAGUUUACUGUACAUUUAAAGCUAUUGAGAACAAAGACCAAAAUGAACAACAAAGGUGGCUGACAUACUGGGCAGCUUAUGGAUCUUUUAGCGUGGUAGAAAUGUUUGCAGAAAAAGUACUUUCCUGGAUCCCACUCUAUUACCAUAUGAAAUUUGCAUUUCUUGUUUGGCUUCAGCUUCCCACCGUCAAUGGAGCAAGACAACUGUAUGAGAGUAACUUGCGUCCAUUCUUGCUGAAGCAUCGGGCUAGAAUGGAUCAGAUUGUUGAAUUUAUUUAUGGUGAAAUGGGUAAAUUUAUUAGUGCACACCAAGCUGAAUUUCUGAUUGCAAGAUCACUUUUAACAAAAGUCGUGGUGACAGCUAAUGAAAUGAUAAGGUCUGCCAUUCGGCCAGUCGAAAGGCAAGAAAGUCAGGGUCCGAGGAGGGAGAGUGAGAAUUCAGAACCAGAAAAUGAGUAAGGCAUUUCUUUAUAGACAAGCGUGCGAGGAAUUGUAAUUAUUUCUUUAUUUUUUACAUAGGACUAACUUGGAAAGUGAAAGAUUGCCUGUCGGGGUUGAGUUUUUAGUCUUUUUCUUUUUUUUUUUCGGGGUGUGAUUCCUGACUUUCUGCUCCGCUGUAUAUAGAAGAUGGACAUGAUGAAAUAAAAAUAUUUGGUGAUGUCCUUAAUAAUUGGAACAACUGAUGGAUGCGAAGCAGUGUUAUUAUUA